AUGUUCCAUGGAUGGAAAGGACCAUUUGACCCGAAUUAUCCACUUUGCGGUGCAUCCACGAAGGUAUGGAGAGGUAGUUCAGGGAAGAAGAAACGUGGGGAUUGCUCCUGGACCCCGACCCAUUCGGGGCUCGAUGGGAAAUGGCCGAGCAUCGCAGUUGAAGUCGCAUGGACAGAGCCCCCGGGGAAGCUAUACAAAGAUAUGAAGUUCUGGUUAACCCAAUCUUCUGGAAAUGUCAACAUUGUGCUUGCAGUCAGGAUAUACAAGCGCGGAAGGAUAUCCAUUGAACAUUGGAAGAUGGGCGCCCGCACUCCAAUAACGGUUCAGAAAAUUGAGAUCACGAGAAACCCGGCGCCCAAUUGUGAAAAGAUUCAAGGCAGUAUGCAACUCUCAUUUGAAGACAUUCACAUGAGGCCUAAAGGGCCAACCGAUACUGACUUCGUUAUAAGUCAUGGCGAUAUGCAGAACCUGGCAAGUCAAGUCUGGGAGGCACAGGACCGCAAUCUGUAA